AUGAUUCGAGGCAACCAAGGAACGACACCGAGUUUAUUGAAAUCUCUACCUAUAGAUACUGUAUUAACUCCAGAUCCAGCCCCUGUUCUUCGUGUAGGCAUAAUUACAGCUCCAUUACAAAAGCUUGGAGGGGAAGGCGUCUUGGCGGCGUCCUGCCAACCUGCAGUACAGGGUUUCGUUGCAGAGGAAAUCAUGGAUGAUUUUGGAAGUGGUGAGCAAUUGUCGACCGGCCUAGCGACAAGGUUGAUGCCGCCUUACAAUCCUAGAUACAAAUGUGGUAGUACGUUAGUUGCUGAUGCGAGGGUUUCCGAGCAACAGCCAGUACAAGUACAGACGCAUUCUCGUAACGGGGCUUGGAGAAGUCUACGUUGCAAUAAGGUCUCAAGUACCCCUAAAGAGAUAAAAUCUCCAUCUAAAUCAAAGUUAUCCCUUCUGGACGAUCAAAAUUUGACAAGUUUCCCAAUACCGCCUCCAAGGAAGUCUCCAACCCGCAAUAAUGAGUACCUGUCCAACUCUGUGUCAAUGAGGGUUCAUGCGCAUGAUAGGAGAAUAAGUCUGGAACCGGCUGUAAAAGACGUUGAUAAUAUUAAUGAACUUGUCCUUAUUGAAGAUUACGUUUCUAGUGCAUCAGAUAUGGCACCUAAUUGUACAUCCGGGUUUCUUAAUACCGCUCCGAGAAGAUGUGACAUUCGUGCGACAAAGAAGAAGAUGUCGUUAUCUGAUUUGAAGAGCAGGAUUAACAAAAGUAACCACACCGGAAGAGUGCCUUUGAGAUUGAAAAAUUCCAGACAAUUGUCGCUUCAUAGUUCUCUGACAUUAACUCCUCGUGUGGUGAACGAUUCUGACGUUGCAUAUCGGGAAGAGACUCCAACGGAGUUUUUCAGGGACGAAUUCACUGGGUAUCAAUUGCAUAAUAAGCAACUAGCCCACAGAAAAUGCGGGAGUGAAGAUGGCAGCGCGCCUCUCCGCUCAUCACCGGACGUUAUCGAUGAUCAAACAACAAAUAGCACAAGUGUUACUGCUGUGAGCUCCAACGUAGACAAGAUUUUACUGGAUAUCCUAAAGCCUGCGGAAUUAAGCUCAUGCGUUUCUGAUAAGUACCUGUCAGAUCUGAAUAUUACCAGCCAACUGAGGUACUGUGUCAUUUGCGAGAAACCAUUAUACGAAUUGAGUGCAUUAAUACCCCCAGAUAAGAACUUCCGCGAGAUCCUGUGCCAAGAUUGUACGGAAAAGUAUGAGAAAGCCUCCAAAAUACUGGAAGACUACGAAUUCGAGACCACGGUCGAGUCCAUCGACGACUUCAUGGAUAGUUCUAUGGAGAGCGGACUGGGUGAUGAGCCUCGUGUGAUUGUAGCGAACCACAAUGAUAAAUUCGUGACAAAAAAGUUUUCCCAUCAGUUAUUGAACCGACUGUACCUGCAAUCGAACAACGUUAGUGCGACUACAGAAUCACCCACUUUGUCUAAUUUUCGGAAAGGCAUUAAUAUGGGAAAGUCGCUGGAUGCAUCCACCAGGGCAUGGUUUUAUGCCGCUAAAAAUAAGUUGAGAUGGAGGUGGAGGGCCAGUGGUCUUCUGCCAUGGUUUUUAACAAGUAGUCGAUGA